ACAUCGCAUGGCCGUCUCUGCCUUUCUUUGUCUUGCAGCAUCUCUCGAUGCUCGUAUCGUCGCCCGGCUAUGCGAGCGAGCGAUCUGCAUCUAGUGCUGCAAUCGCGACCCCUGAGAGGAGUGGUAGUGUCGAUAGGGAAGAUAACUGGGUGGUGAGAUCAUGUCCUGAGACCUGGAGACCUGGAAAAUCCAGGGCCCCUCCACCCCGGGCAGCCUAUCUCCAUGGCUCCCCCCCAUCCUUCUCAUGCAUCGGUUCUGCAUCAAUCAGGCGCACUGACAGCUUUGGACCGGUAGCUCCGCCAGAGCAAGCUGUGGGUAGUGGGUACUGGUCACUCUUGCUUGUGCCUACCUUACUUGGGGGUGCCUUUGCACUUUGGGUUUCUGUUAAUCUUCUUAUGAUUUUGUUUUAUUUUAUUUUUGUUUCUUUUCCUUGCUAACCUGUUCUUACCGGCUUGGAAGGCUGGGAGGGAGGGGGUGGGAGAGAUAAUUGUUCGUAAAUGUUACUGAGUUGUCUCUUCC